AUCUGCUACAGGGAUAAGAAUUCUUGGAUCGCCACAGUUUAGUGGGAGCUGGUGCACGGUGCUUACUGGUUUCAGUGGUUUUAAACCAGAAUCAUUCUCUUUACCGGAUAACAGAACAGCAAAGGGCAAAUCCUGCUUCGUGAUAAAACUUGUGAAUAUUGUUGCUGAAGUUGUUAGGCUGUUUUUUUUCUAUUUUCUGCGGGUGUUUGUGUCUCUCCAGUCCUGAGAUCCGAUUCGAGGGGGUCCGCUUCUCUAAGGUUUCCUUUUUCCCUUUUUUUUCAUUUUAUAGCAAGUUUGAUAAACUUUGAAAAAGACAAAGACAGGCAGGCAGGGCGAGGCAGUGGGAGUGUCUGGGCAGACAGAGAGACAGACAGACAGACAGGCUGACAAACUGACAAUACACUUACUGACAGUAUAGUGAAACACAGACAGACAGUAACAGUACCGUUCCACGUUCACAGACAGACAUCGAGAGACAGUCCAGAAACACACAGACAGAGACUGUCCAGCGACACACAGACAGAGAGAGAGAGAGACAGUCCAGCGACACACACACACACACACACACAGACAGACACACACAUACAGAGCGACAGCCCAGCGACACACACACACAGACAGAGAGAGCGACAGUCCAGCGACACAGACAGACAGACUGACGGACAGCCCUCCAGCAGCGAUGUCUCGUUGGAAGGGCCAGCGCGAGAGGGACAGGAAGCCUCUGGAGGUGAUCCGCACGGUGACGGAGGGGCUGCAGUCUCUCUACCAGAAGAAGCUCCUCCCCCUGGAGCAGCACUACCGCUUCCACGAGUUCCACUCGGCCGCGCUGGAGGAGGCGGACUUCCACAACAAGCCCAUGGUGCUGGUGGUGGGGCAGUACUCCACCGGCAAGACCACCUUCAUCCGCUACCUGCUGGAGCAGGACUACCCGGGCAGCAGGGUGGGGCCGGAGCCCACCACGGACUCCUUCACCGCCAUCAUGCACGGGGAGGUGGAGGGGCUCAUCCCGGGGAACGCUCUCAUCGUCGACCCCAACAAACCCUUCCGCAAACUCAACCCCUUCGGAAACACCUUCCUCAACCGGUUCCAGUGCGCUCAGCUGCCUAACCAGGUGCUGGAGAGCAUCAGUGUGAUCGACACGCCAGGAAUCCUGUCUGGAGCCAAGCAGAAAGUGAGCAGAGGCUAUGACUUCCCCUCUGUGCUGCGCUGGUUUGCCGAGCGGGUGGACCUCAUCGUGCUGCUGUUCGACGCUCACAAGCUGGAGAUCUCGGACGAGUUUUCAGAGGCGAUCGGGGCGCUGCGCGGGAACGAGGACAAGCUGCGCGUGGUGCUGAACAAGGCCGACAUGGUGGAGACCCAGCAGCUCAUGCGCGUGUACGGCGCCCUCAUGUGGUCGCUGGGGAAGGUGUUCGACACCCCCGAGGUGGUCCGGGUCUUCAUCGGCUCCUUCUGGUCCGAGCCCCUUCUGGUUCCGGACAACCGGAAGCUGUUUGAGCUGGAAGAGCAAGACCUCUUCACGGACAUCCAGAACCUGCCGAGGAAUGCAGCCCUGCGCAAACUCAACGACCUGGUGAAGAGAGCCAGGCUGGUCAGGGUCCACGCUCACAUUAUCAGCUAUCUGAAGAAGGAGAUGCCCUCAGUCUUCAGGAAGGACAAUAAGAAGAAGGAUCUCAUCAACAAGCUGCCUGUGAUCUUCGCAAAGAUCCAGCUGGAGCACCACAUCUCCCCCGGAGACUUCCCCGACUGUGCCAAGAUGCAGGAGCAGCUGGCGGUACACGACUUCUCCAAGUUCCACUCCCUGAAGCCGGCCCUGCUGGCCUCUCUGGAUGAGCUGCUGUCCUCUGACAUCGCCAAGCUGAUGCCCCUGCUGAGGCAGGAGGAGCUGGAGAGCGGGGGUCCGGAGAACGGGGUGCAGGGGGGCGCCUUCGAGGGCACCCGCCAAGGCCCCUUCGGGGAGGGGAGCUGGGGGGAGGAGCCGGAGGGAGAGGAGGGGGAGGAGGGCGAGUGGGUGGUCACUAAAGACAAGCCCAAGUACGAUGAGAUCUUCUACACGCUGUCCCCUAGCGAGGGCAAGCUGAGUGGGACCAAAGCCCGCGGCUGGAUGGUGACGACCCGGCUCCCUAACUCCGUGCUGGGCCGGAUCUGGAAGCUGUCCGACGUGGACCGGGACGGCAUGCUGGACCACGAGGAGUUCGCUCUCGCCAGCCACCUGAUCGAGGUGAAGCUGGAGGGGCAUGGGCUCCCCCCCGAGCUGCCCCGACACCUGGUACCCCCCUCCAAACGCAGGCAGGGCUCCGACGGGUAGGGGAGAGGAGGAGGAAAAGAUGAGGAGAGAGUAUGGAGGAGAGGGUGAGGAGAGGGAGGAGAGGAGAGGAGGAGCGGGGAGAGAGGGAGGAGAGGAGAGGAGGGGAGGAGAGGAGCGGGGAGGGCGAGGAGGGAGGAGAGGAGAGGAGAGAGGAGAGGAGAGAGGAGGAGAGGAGCGGGGAGGGCGAGGAGAGAGGGAGGGGAGGGAGGAGAGGAGAGGAGAGGAGAGGAGCGGGGAGAGGGAGGAGAGGAGAGAGGGAGGACAGGAGAGGAGGGGAGGAGAGGAGCGGGGAGGGCAAGGAGAGAGGGAGGGAGGAGAGGAGAGGGGAGGGGAGGGGGAGGGUGUCAAGCUUAAUUAACAACUCUUUAUAAUAAUUAUCACGGAUAGCUUUUAAUUAACACCGCAAAAAAAAAAAAAAAUUCUAUAAUCUUUUUUUUUCUUUUCACACGUUUAAUAAAUACAUAUAAAAAUAUACAUAUAUUAAAAAAUGAACCUGCUAUAUAUCUGAACACAGAAAUGUAUCGUCAUUAUUAAUUGAGAGGGUUAUUAUAAUAAUGUUAUGUGAAGUUCCCUUACAGAAAAUACUGCAUUUUCAAUGUAUUGUCUGUGUGUGUGAGCCAUGCAAAGACAGCACUCGGAGACUGAGCUGAUCAGUCUUCACUUUGAUAAUAUACACAGCUGCGUUUUAUUAAUGAGUAUAAAUAUAUGGAAAAAGAACACGUGAAACGUCCCCUUCUAACCCUGGACAGAACAAUCUUUAGCAGAAUUUUUUCCCCAUCUUUUGGUGCUAGAUUCCUAUAGCAAUGGGAGCUACAUAUUACACAGCAAAGGGUCAGAUUUCAUGGAAAUCUGUCAAACCGUGAAAAGAACACACGACCUUAAAAAUUAAGUCGCGAGGUUACGAAAAAUAUAGCUCUGCCCGUCCCCCCGUGCUGCUACAACUGUGUUAAUAACCUGCCCGUCAUUUUUAUUUUCAUCGUUAACAUCCUGACAGCUUUUUACACUUAAAGUCUGUUUCAAAGCUCUUGAAAAUGUCUGCUCUAGUGCACUGGGGUUUGAGAUCUGUCCUCUAAAUCACUGCAGGAAGAGAGAUUUAGAAAAAAAAAACAUAACAGGUGCUGUGGUUUUUCUGUUCCGUACCACGUCACGGAUCGUCAUCUUUGUGUUGCCUGUUUGACAGUGCGAGUAAUAAUCCUGACGCUAUCAGUGCACUAGAGCAGACAUUUUAAAAAGAGCUUUGAAACAGACUUUAAAGUUAUAAGUGUAAAAAGUUGUCAGGAUGUUAACGAUGAAAAGAAAAAUGACAGGUAGGUUAUUUAACAGCUGUAGCAGGACGUGGAACGCUAUUUUUCAGAACCUCGAUGCUCUCUGAUCAUCGGUCAGAUACAAACUCUGGGGUCUGCGGAGUCUUUGCAUCACUGUCACAGUCACAACUUUUUUGUCUUUUUAAAUGAAAUCUUUGUUGUUGUUGUUGUUGGUCGUUUAUAAAUGAAUUUGGCUCUGAA